UGGUCAAUCGUCAACAAUCGUCAACGCUUCGUGGUUGGUUGAUGGUGACACCGUCACCUACACACAAAGAGCGUGACAGCGGUGUGCUUUAAGGAGAAAGGCGCGCACACGCUCACGCCCGCCCGCUUUCCAUUCCUACCAGCUCCUGAUCACGGAGGGACAAGAAGGAAGGCUGGCAAUCCACUCCCUGGGACCCAUAUUGGAUACAGUCGGCCGGGAGAGCCGUGGUGGCACACGCUCGUACAGCAAGCAACUUCGUGACAAGAGGCGGGUUCGUCCAGCACGGGGAAGGAGAAGGUCGGUCCGCUCCCCCUUCGCACGAGACAAUCCUAGCCUAGGCCCUGCACCUCUACCGCGUGGCUACCUCCUUCUUUGCGUCGGUACAGAUGGCGGGCCAAUCUACGGUGCACUACGUCACGUACACGAACCCGGCAAGCGCAACCACCACCGUUCCCGCCUACCCGGGCCUCAACGUACAGCACCGUGGCUACUUUCCUGCCGCCCCCGGCGCGGACAGCAGCAGCGACGAUCCGAGCGGUAGCCGGCGAGGUAUGAAGAAGAAGGAGAAGGAGGCCGUCACCGAGGUGGCGCACGAGUCGAGAAGUUGGAAGUGGGCCAUGUUUGUCCUAGGGAACCUGAUCUCCUUGGCGGUGGUCGCGUCGGAGAUCGGGGAGCUGAGUGUGUGCUUUGAGGAGAACCCGGAGGAGGAUGACGAUGACACGCUGGAGGAGAACGCGUCAUCCGCGUUCGGCGCCCUCAUGCUCAACCUCGUGCUCAGCCUCCUGGUGGACUUCAUCUCCGCCGUCCUGCUCUCCCUGGUGUACCGCUCGCCGCUGGACAUCAAGUCCGCCCACAAGAUUCCGCCAGGGGACAUGAGGCACUGCGGCGGCACUUUCCUUGUGCACUUCGUGGCACCCUUCUUCUGGGGGCUUGUCUACUUUACCGGCGGCAUCGCGAGCAGUAUGUACGGAGACAACGCCCCCUGCGGCGGCGGCAACGGCGGCGACGGGAUGGAGUCCUACCUGAAGAUUUCCGGCAUCCUGAUGAUCGUGUUCGGGACCGGGAUGCUGGCCCUCUCGUUCGUCGCGCUCAUGUUGGCGUGCUGCUCGUCGUCGUCGAGCUCUUCUCGGCCGCCCGCUGCCCGCCGGGGUUGCUGUUCCAGGGCCAGGGACGCGGUGCACAAGAGGUUAAUGUCCAAGAGCCCGAUCUUCGACCUGGCCUGGCAGGUGCAGAGUGUUCUCCUGUCCUACCGGGCCGGGGCGGUGAACCUGGCGUCGGCCUUCCUCCUGGUCUCGUCGGGCGUGGUGGGGGAGGUGCUGGCCGCCUUCGGAAGCCUGGCGCCCGAGGAAAUCCAGGAGCUUGUCGGGCCAAUAAUCGUGUGAAGUAAUGUUGUGAUGGGUGCAGUAGUGGCCCCGAUAUAAUGGAACCCGGAAUAGUGAAAUGCCCGAUAUUGAGGCAUCAAAGUCUUUCGUCACAAUCUCAGCAGGUACAUGCACCCGAAACAUCGAAUGGUGGCACUGCCCUGAAAAGCUACAUAUUUUUGCUCUUGUACAUGCCACUACAUCGGGACCACCACUGUAGUCAAGAGCUUGUUGGGCCAAUGCCAACCUGUGAAAUAGUGUCGGUGUGUGGUAGUCAACAGCCUGUUGGGCCAAUGCAGACGUGUAAGUAGUGUGUACUUCUAUUUGACACAUUGUGUUUUUUUUCCGCUAGUCCAAUCAACAUGCGGGAAAUGCCUCGCAGCGCUGUUUGGUUUGGGCUGAAACAGGGCCACACACCGGUCCACUCGAUCCACAAGAAACAAACGUGGUCAGAAGGGUUGUCAGCACAUCCACUCCGCAAUAGGUUUUUCACUGUAAAUUGUAUGUGUCGAGGUCUCCGACGUGGAAGAUAGAUUUUGCUCCUUACGAUGUGUUUUGUUCAGAAAAGUGGGGGAGUGGGGUUGACUCCCCUUGUGGCGUGAGCUCCUCUAGUGAUGUCGCAAGGUAUUCCGUAGCGUGAUGUAUUGCUAUUGAGUCGUGGUAUUUGAGCAUCCUGCAUGGGAGUGUAGUUCGUUACUGCUGUAGAGUCGCGGUGUUGAGCUUGCGUGUGUUUUUUCGUCUUGAGUGAGAGUUUUGUGAGUGAGAUGGGGUUAGGCUUCAAACCCGAACCCCAACCUGUUGUUUCCGCACUUUUUUUUUAUUUUUGCUUGACUGUUUCGUCUUCCAUGUGGUGGUAGGUGAUAAGGUGGGAUGUUAAUUACUUCCCCCCCCGGCGCUGGUUCGCCGCUCGGGGCACGGAAAUAUUCAUGUGUGACUCUGUCCCUUCUUUUCCCGUGGGAUUGUUGUGCUCUUCUUUCCAAUAAGAAUCACGUGGCCCUGACCUGACAGCAGUGAGACGCUUCCUUGCACAGCAGGGCAUGCACUCGGUAAAGGGUAUCCUCUUUCGCUCGAUAAUAAAUCCUGUCACAAAAAGAACCGUUGAUGUCUGCGGUGCGCUAGUUUCUCUGCGUCCUUCGUUCAUGAUUCUACCUACAUGAAAAUUGCACCGUUUGUCGGCCGUUGGCCCCCAUAG